CUGCCUGCUAGAGCUCCGGAAGCUCUAUUCCUCGCCACCAUGAAGGUCGCUGCCUCUGCGCUCCUGGUCGGCGCCGCCACUGCGGCCGUCUCCCCCCAACAGCAGGUUCUCAAGCUGCCUGAACAGCUUCUAGACGUCGCAAACAAAGAGUCUUGGACGAAGCCACUCCACAACCUUGAGGAAUCUCUCAAGUCUCUCUCCGGCGAGGCCCGCCGAGUCUGGGAUGAGGUAGCACUCAUGUUCCCAGAGUCUUUUGACAAGGCAUCUUUCUUUUCGCCACCCAAGCCUCACACCCGUAAACCUGAUAGCGAGUGGGAACACGUCGUCAAGGGUGCCGAUAUCCAGAGCGUCUGGGUCGAAAAUGCCCAAGGCGAGAAGGAGCGUGAGAUUGAUGGCAAGCUUGAGAACUACAACUUGAGGGCCAAGACGGUGGACCCGAGCGUGCUAGGCGUAGACACGGUCAAGCAGUACAGCGGUUACCUUGAUGACGAGGAGGAGGAUAAGCAUUUGUUUUACUGGUUCUUCGAGUCCCGGAAUGAUCCCAAGAACGACCCUGUCGUGCUUUGGCUCAACGGUGGUCCUGGUUGCUCGUCGUUGAUGGGCUUGUUCAUGGAGCUUGGCCCUGGCGCCAUCACCAAGGAUGGCAAAGUCAAGUACAAUGACUUCUCCUGGAACGCUAAUGCUUCAGUCAUCUUCAUUGACCAGCCCGUCAACGUUGGCUACUCGUACAGCGGUGGCUCCGUCAGCAACACCGUCGCUGCAGGCAAGGACAUCUAUGCCCUGCUCACCCUCUUUUUCAAGCAAUUCCCCGAGUACUCUAAGCAGAGCUUCCACAUCUCUGGAGAGUCAUAUGCCGGUCACUACAUUCCCGUCUUCGCCUCCGAGAUUCUCUCCCACAAGAAGCGCAACAUCAACCUCCAGUCUGUCCUGAUUGGCAACGGUUUGACCGAUGGUCUCACUCAGUACGAGUACUACCGCCCUAUGGCCUGCGGCGAGGGCGGAUGGCCAGCCGUCCUUGACGAGAGCUCCUGUGCAUCUAUGGACAAUGCCUACCCACGAUGCGCUAGUCUCAUUGAGAACUGCUACAACUCCGAGUCCGUCUGGUCCUGUGUUCCGGCUUCCAUCUACUGCAACAACGCAAUGAUCGGUCCUUACCAGCGAACUGGCCAGAACGUCUACGAUGUUCGUCGUCCUUGCGGUGACAACUCGCUCUGCUACGAUGAGAUCGACUGGAUCAGCUCUUUCCUCAACAAGAAGGAAGUCAUGAAGGCCGUUGGCGCUGAGGUUGGCUCUUACGACAGCUGCAACUUUGACAUCAACCGUAACUUCUUGCUCCAGGGUGACUGGAUGAAGCCCUACCACCGCGUCGUUCCUGGCCUUCUUGAGCAGAUUCCCGUGCUUGUCUACGCCGGUGAUGCCGACUACAUCUGUAACUGGCUCGGUAACAAGGCUUGGACUGAGGCCCUUGAGUGGCCCGGUCAGAAGGACUAUGCCAAGGCCGACAUGGAGGAUCUUCUCCUCGGUGGUGACGGCAAGAAGAUUGGUCAGGUCAAGUCAAGUGGCAACUUCACCUUCAUGAGGCUGCAUGCUGGCGGCCACAUGGUGCCAUACGACCAGCCCGAGGCCUCUUCGGACAUGGUCAAGAGGUGGUUGGCUGGUGAGUUCUGGGUGUAA